CUGGCACCGGAAGGGCAUGUGUGCCGUGUACACUCGCAACUGUAGAGGUCCCCCUUUUUCAGCGGGCUGCGCGCACAGCUAUUGCACCCGCUUUUUAUCCUGUGUAAAGAGGAGAGAGUGGGGGGGAAUACGUACGGAUCCUGCACGACCGCAGACAUGUAUCCUCUGUGAAGUGUAGCGCAAGGCAACUCUAAGAUACCGGGUGUUCUGCGAGAAACAAUGAAAAUGUGCGGCUCUAUUUCUGAAUGAGCACAAGGACAUGUGUGAUAUGCGUUGUAGCCUACCUAUAGACCAACAUCAUUCGCACUAUUCCAAUUUCCUUCAGAUUUGAGGGCACAGGUAUAUGACUUAAACUCAUUUUAGGGAAGAAAGAAGACGUCGUGUUCUGCUGUUUUUUGUGGAAUUUUCGCUCCAGCUGAGAGUCGUGAUGUCUGGCUCAUUUCCCACAUUGUUCCUGGUUCUGCUGGGUGUGUUGACGGCGUGCGCCCAGACGGAGAUGAAGAGGGUUGUCGGUGACAAUGCGACACUGCCCUGUCACCACCAGUUCUGGGCAGGUGAUGCCCCCACACUGGACAUCGAGUGGCUCCUCCUCAAGCCCAGCUCCAAGCAGAGAGUGGUGAUCACCUACUUCGCGGGCCGGGUGUACGACCCCAAUGAGGCGGAGGCGGGCCGGCUGUCCUUAGCCGGGGACUACCUCAAGGGGGACGCCUCCCUGCUGAUCAGUGACCUCAGCCUGGGCGACUCGGGCGAGUACAGCUGCAAGGUGAAGAAUGGGGGGAAGUACCAAUGGAGCACGAUCAACCUCAUAGUACAGGUGAAGCCGUCUAAGCCGCGGUGUUGGAUGGAGGGCCGGCUGUUGGAGGGUAGUGAUGUUAAGAUGAGCUGUAAGUCUACAGACGGCUCUGACCCCAUAAACUACAAAUGGGAGAGGCUGCUGGACAAGGGCAAGUAUGUGGGAAAGCUGCCCCCACUGGCCCUCAUAGAUUUGAAAAACUCAGAGAUAGUGACACUGAGGAACCUGACCAAGGAGAGUGCUGGGGUGUAUAAAUGUACCGCCAGCAACGAUGUGGGAGAGGAGAGCUGCACCGUAGAGGUCAAGAUGCACUAUGUGCGGGGCAUGGGUGUGGUGGCGGGCGCUGUGGUGGGCGUGUCCUUCGGUGUCCUCCUCAUCAUUCUCAUUAUUUGGCUGGUGUUCCGCAAGAAGGAGAAGAAGAAAUACGAGGAGGAGGAGACCCCUAACGAGAUCAGGGAGGACGCGGAGGCUCCCAAAGCCAAACUGGUGAAGCCCAAUUCUCUCUCCUCGUCCCGUUCUGGAAGCUCCCGCUCGGGCACCUCCUCCACCCAGUCCAUGGUCCACACCACUGCCCCCCGGGGGCCCCGCGCCCGCCUUCCUGACGUCGCCGCCCUCAAGGAGAACGGCCAGCCCCCCAGCUUCCCCCAACAGCCCCCUGCCUACACACAGGUGGUCCCCAAGACCCCUGAGCCCCGCACAGCCCCGGCCAAGCUCAGCCCUCCCCCCAAGCUAAGCCCCGGGAACCUGGCCCGCAUGGGAGCAACGCCGGUCAUGAUCCCUGCCCAGACCCAGGCCUUCCAGACUGUGUAGGAGGGAGGGAGGGGAGGGAGUAGUGGAGGGAGUAGACGCAGACAGACACAAGAAGCCCCAGUACACAGCUGAUAGCAACCCCCAACCUGCCCCCAGAAACGCUGUGAAAACCAGCCAUAUCAUCAACUAAAAGUAUAAUUGAGUGCAUUCUACGAAGGGAAGACUUUCGUAAGAGGUUUUGUCUCCUGUACAAACAAUACAGAGCGAAAUCUUUUGUUCGCAUGACAUCCCAUGACAACAGAACAUUCAUUGUGUUUUUGCCUGAUUUUGCUGACGAGGUCAGUGAUGUGUAUCAUACUCUGAUGAGGUCAGUGAUGUGCAUCAUACUCUGACGAGGUCAGUGAUGUGUAUCAUACUCUGACGAGGUCAGUGAUGUGUAUCAUACUCCGACGAGGUCAAUGAUGUGCAUCAUACUCUGACGAGGUCAGUGAUGUGUAUCAUACUCCGACGAGGUCAGUGAUGUGUAUCAUACUCCGACGAGGUCAGUGAUGUGCAUCAUACUCCGACAAGGUCAGUGAUGUGUAUCAUACUCCGACGAGGUCAGUGAUUGCUCCUCUUCUUCCAGUAUGAUGCACAAGGGAGGACCCUGUGUAGAGUUGAGGUAUUUUUAAACCAAACCGACAGAGCCAUGAAAGCGGAACGGGCUAUGUACAAAGGGAGGGAGGGAGUGAGAGCAAAUAGAGGACUGGAAAAGAGCAAACAAAGGAGAUACACAGGCUGCAUAGCUCACCAGAGAUCAGGCGAGGGUGCCUGGCUGUCUCAUGACACCUGAUAUCUGCUACCAACCAGGUCAAACCAGACGGCAGGACAAGACAAAGACAGAAAAAAGACAAAGAAAGAAAAAAAAAACGGAAAAAGUAAACCUCUCUCUGGACUUGUCCGAGCACCACACCUACGACACUCACACACUCCGCCACACCGAGCCAAUCAAUAUCUCCCAGGCUUCUUUGCUGGCAUCACAGACCUCCAUGUAUUCUCCUCCGGGAUACCCGCCAAGGCCAGCAGGCAUGGUGAUUGGUUUAGUAAGGAAGGGGGUGCACCGAUCGAUUGACACACCAAUGAGAGUGGAUGAAAUUUUGAUGCUGAUACAAGAGGGAUGUUUGCCUGUGAUUGUACAAAGAUGAUAUAGCUUAAGUAAGAGACUCCACCUAGACACGUCACCUGUCAUCCUAUACACCUGCACAUGGGUCACUCGCAGCAAUCAGAAAGAUAUUGGUAUUGAUUUCCCAUGUUUCCUGUGCAUCCAGCACUAUACACUCAACAAGUCUGGACUUAUGUAACGUUAUCUUCCCAUGUUCAUGGACAGCGUCAAUUAAGGCCAUAGGAAUAUGUGACUUUGUGGUCAUCAUAGGGGAUUAUUAAUGGCUGUAAUAUGUAUUGCUGUUGUCUAAUAUUCUACGUUUCCUUUUUUCUAUUUCAUUUAUUUCAGAUUCCUUCAGAAUGUUUAAAGAUUGUUAUUAAAGGGGUGAACUUAAGCCCUAUCGAUAAAGUGCCACUGUUGAUGUUUGUUGAAGAUGGUUAAUGGCAUUUCUGUUUGUGUUGUGUUAAUAACAUUUCCAUUCAUCCAAAAUGAUUGAACUAACAUAUGAUUGUGUUCUAUGCCAUGCAGUAUAUAAAGGGCUGGAUUCAAUUUGUAUCGCCAAAGUAACGUGCAAGAUCCGCGUUAUAGCUCCAUUUAAAUUUAAAGGCAAUGUUCCCGCGUUCGCGGAGACCGCAUUCACAGUCGGCUGAAUCGAAAAUUACCUUUACAUUUUAAAUACUUCCGCGAUAUAGCUGGAUUCCAGCCCAAAAUCAUUGGAUGAAUCCUUGUUUUUUAAUGAGCAGAGAUUUGCAGCAAUAAAUUGAAUCCCCUGCAGUUGAACUGUGUCUGAAAAAAUACAAAAUAUAUUCUGUAUUAAGAGAAAAUUAGCAAAGGGCCAUACACAUCAUAAUAUGAUAUCACAUGCGUUGGCUCAGCACCAUCUUGUGAUUAUAGAAGAACAGUAAUGAUAAUCCUAAAGAGGGCCUUGGGUUAACAUACACAUUUUAAUUGAAUACACCACAAAAAAGUAUUAUUCACAAAACAUUAAACACGGCUUUACAGUUUAAAAUGGUUAACUCUACGGUACACCUGAGAUUGACUCCAUUUCAAGCAGAAUGAAAAGGACAAUAGAUUUGAGUGAUUUUGUUUAACCAUGUAGUCAUACUAGUUUGUCAAACUCAAAUCAUUCCAUCAAAGUCUCUUCAUGGUGGCCAAACAGAAUUUAAACAACACUCAACCUCAGUAAAAUAUCCUGGCUGAAAGUGUUGAAUUAUGCCCUACCAUUCUCUCAUUUAAAUGUCAACUUUUGCCUGAGCUCUCAUCUGAUCCAAAGGCGUGACUUCUGCCUAGCGAUAGUCUUCACUGCCUCUACGCAGCAGCACAUUGGUCCUUCAGUGUUAUGACUGCUUCCUCCAAAGAGACACCCCUGUUAUUCUGGCUCAAUCGCAAUGUAAUGGAUGAGAUGUGAGGAGGUAUUUGGAGUGACUGAUGCUGUGGCGCCCUCCAGGAGAACCCAGCACACUCAUCUUAGAUCACCCAGGAGGGAGGGCUCUUCUCGUCCAGCGGUGCAGAGCAUAAGAGCGCGCUCGCACUCUGGCCUCCGAAAGGGUUCAAACGAGGACGGGUGACUCGAGAGUCUAUACUUCUUGUUAAAGGUUCAAAAUUGACCUGGCUUUUCGUUCAUGCCUGGUUGAAAUCACCCAGAUUAAUUUGUAUCAAUAAUUGUAUUUUUUAAAGUCGGCCUAUUUGUGAUGAGAUUAUUUCAUGAUUGUUGGCAGUUCAAAGAGUGAAAAGAAAGCAGCAAUUUUGUCUCUGUGACUCGAGUACUUCCAGCUUGCCCACUGCUGGUUGAAAAGCUCCUUUAAACCAGGAGACGGAUGAGUGGCGAGAUGAGAGGACGACACCUGAGGGAGAGCUCCUGAUUACGCACCACAACCCCCUUUGAAUUUCCCAUUAUACCCUUAAAAGCCAAUACAGGGAGGCCGAUGAUUGAAUGUGGCUCUUACGGCCGUUGAUGGGGUAGGAUACGCACCGGUAUCGAUUUUCCUGUUAUCUGAGUGACUCUGAAUUCCCCUGGCGGAGCGCUCUGUGUCCUGAAUCAUUAGGGUUUCCACCCUUUUUCGUUUGAAUGUCUUGCUUGGCAGACAGGAGGAAUGGGAAUGCUCCAAACCAUGCUGGGGAUUGGAACAACGUGAACCACAGGCGUUACGUUGCCCUUUCACCAUGUAUCGACUCCAAAAGGACAUUACCAUAGGUUAACUAGUACAAAACUUGCAUCUUGAUGUCAUUUAUUAGUCUGUCUACUCUAAAUACCUCCACUAUGGUUUGAGUGAUGGGACCUUUGAUAUCAUGCAUACAGUGUAAUGUUCAAGAGAGAAAGAAUCCACCCAAAGCUGAAAAAUGAUGGAUAUGCAUGUCACAGAUACUUAACUAGAGAAAGAACAAAACUGUAUUUUUGCCUCAAUGCUUAUAUAAAUAUAUAAAUGAUCAUCUUGUACAGAAAAAUUUUACAGUUAAAACAAAUGCUAUGACUGUAAAAAAGGAAAGUUAUGUUCAUUUUGAGUUUACUCGUUUGGGUUAAGUAUUCAAUCAUAAGUACUUUGCACUUUCUUAAACUGUGCUCUCUGUGUCCCGCUUGCGUUAAGCUCUUUUCACCAACAGGUUUAGGGGGGAAAUGUUCUCUCUCGCUAUUUUCUUUGAUUGACAAUGUCAUGCAGUUACUUUGAGUUGUUGUAAACCAAAAAGGCAAUGUACAUACCUCCUUCUCGAGUGAAAAAUGUAUAUUUGUACAAUAUCUGAAUAAUUACUGUUUUGGUUUGUAAUAAAGCAUUUGAUGAAUAGCCA